AUGACUGCCAGCGUCGAAAACGGCGUCAACGCAGGUCCUGUCUACAUUUCCGCACGCUCCGCGGACGUCAUCCUCUCUGAUGUGCGACCCAUAAAGCUCGCUUACGAGGCCCUGCAGGCGGUCAAUGUCCUCCUCGAUGAGCUGCUUUACUCCAUUAUCAGUGCUGCGCGCUCGGUGGCGACAGAUAGGCUGAAGACUGCAUUGCUGAAGCUCGUUCCCACCAGCCUGGGGAAAGAGGCACUACUGGAGGCCGAGGUGGAGAUGAAGGCAUACUGGGAGCGCACUGUGCCUCUGACACCUACAAGUGUUGCUACGGGCAGUGCGAGUGGGUCGGAGGCAGCUAGAGAGGAUGAAUUCGACUUGCAGUGGAACUUUGAGCUGCUGCGACUCAAGUGCGAAGCUUAUUCGACGAUGAACGACUCGGACGAAGACGCGGACGGAGAGGCCCGCCUAAGAGACCGGAUGCGGGAACACGGCUCGUCCUCUGCCCCGCGCGCGUCGGAGGUAGCGCCCGCAGCUCUCUACCUGACCGCCAUCUUAGAGUCUAUAUGCGAACACAUUUUGUCGAACGUGAGCAGUGUCGCCGCACGAGAUAGUAGUCGGACGAUUGCGACGGUGCAAGACAUUUAUAUCGCGUUGUGCGAAGACGAUGCGAUCUACGGCACGUUCAAGAGCAUGAAAGUCUACAAUCAAAUCGAAGUGUUAUCGAAAGCGCAGCGGCCGCGUCGCAGCAAGUCCAUCUCACAGGCCAGCGAGCGUGUUUCGUCGCCGACGCCGACAGAGCGGACGUCGAUGCGCGAGUCGGCGUCGGUGCGGGUGCGGAUGUCGACCGACUCGCUGAGGUCGAGCAGCACGGUGGCGCCGCCCGAGCGGCGGAGUUCAUCGGGGCCGGGGCGGGGUGUGAAGCGACUGGUGAGCCACAGCCGGUCGUCAAGCGAGAAGGAACCCGCGGAGAUUCCCGGCGCAGGCCUCUCAGCCGAUCUCGGGCGAGCCCGAGCCUCCGCUGACUUUGAGGAGGACGAUGACCUCCUCCACGAGUUCGACGAACUCAUGCGCUCUGGCGCGACCAUGAAGGUCUCCCUUACCCCCGACAGACUCAAGUCGAUGGAGGUCUUCAACAAAGAGCGCAUCCAGCGUGCGAAUCGACGAGGCGAAACGCGUGAUGGACCACAGUUUUCUGAGAAAGCCAGCGACGAAAACACCCCCACUCCCUCAGAGCGUCCGCGCGCUCCUUCUGGCGUAACCCGCCCGCCCCUACGCCACGUGGAUUCCAUCAACGAGGACGAGGAGGAGCCCGGUCGUGCUGCUCAAUCUCUCUCCCCCACACCUCUUCAGGCACCUCCACGCACGCGUCAGACCAGCAAAAGCUUCUCUGCGCGAUCUGCCCCAUCCUCUAGUCUUCGCUUGCGAUCAAUAUCCAUAUCUGACAUGCCUCAUCCUCGACACGAGCAAACCCAGACUUUGCCACCCACCUCAAAUGCCGGCGUUACUCGUGGUCCGCACCCUUCCCCACAUCGUCAAAACUCACUUGGCAUGCCUGGGAUGUUGGCACGAGCAAGGAAGAUCGGUCGCAAUCGGGAGUCGAUGGAUUUGGACGAAAUCAUGGCAGGGUCCGAUGAAGAGAGUAGUGUGUUGGAGACUGACGAAUUUGGUGCGCGUUCCACUCUCAAGGUGCCUCGCUCUACACCCGCAAGUCCAGGCCAACAGAAGCAAAAGCCUCACAUCUCACAGACUGCGCGAGAUCUGAUUGCGUUUCUGGACGAAGGUCCGCCGGGGGAAGUCAUGAACUCGCGAAUGGCUACGGCGAACACCAGUGUGAUCUCAUUUGAAUCAUCCCGAACCCGCUCGGGCAAGCUCUCGCGCAUGAUGUCAAAGCUCACGAUUGGCAGUUCAACGGAGAAGAUGAACGGGCGUGGUGGAGAUGACCCACCAAAGACACCAAAGACACCGCGGUCGCUGAGUCGGAAACCUAGCUUGAGCAACUUCCCUCCUCCACCGUCAUUCCGGGCACCCUCGCUUGUAUCGAAAAAAUCGUAUCCAAACGUUGUUGUGAGUCCCCCGCGCGUGUCGCCGAGUCCCUCCCUCCCCUCUCAGAUUGCUGCACCGCUAUAUUCGCCACCCCCAUCGUCUGUUGCUACGACUCAAAUGACAUCUCCGUCCCCCACGAGCUCUACGCAGCCACUCCUUCCUCGGUCGGUCUCAGCAACACCUUCUCAGGCAUCUACGGACGACUCAAGUGUACAUGUAUCUUCCCCGCGGCGUGGUAGCAUGCGCAAGGCAGUUCCCGUCUGGGACGAGAGAGGAGAACACCGCCCUCCCGUCCCCCCACUCACUUUCGCCUCCUCGACUGACCCAGAGGCUUCCGUACAAUCGCAUAAUGGGUCUAUUCGUGUCCAGCCCAAUGGAGUGUGUUCUCGUGUGGAAAGUACUUUAGCCAGAGAGGAAUCGACGGGGGAGAAAGCCCUUGGGCGGAACGGGUCCCUCGUGAUCCAGACGACUCCGGUACGCAGUUCCAAUGGAUACGCUCUCAACGGACAUGGGAAAACAUCUGGUUCAGGGGUGGAUGAGGAAGAACCUGCACUCACCCUCAUGCCCCUGGCUCCACGGCGAUCGCCUGUCCCGCGCAAGCCGCCUCCGUCACCCAUCGAAGCCGAACAUACUACUACCACGGCUCCCCCGUCACCGCUUCCAUCACCCGCCUCGCCCGGAUCCGCAUCCACUGCACCACGCACGAAGACGCGAAGCAAGACAUCUGGAAGGAGCGGCAUUCCAUCGCACGCUGUCGCUGAUCUACGUCGGCUCCUUGGCGCGGCGACGACUGCAGACGAGUGUCGCCUACUGGUAGACAUGUUCUUCACGCGUCAGGGCUAUCCGCUCGGCGCUGGUGCUAGUGUGGGAGCAGGAGCGGUUGAUGUGUCUGAUUUCCCGGUGCCUCCCCCACUGGACAGCGCGAAGGCGACGUCCCUCGGUGAGCUUGGCGAGCUCGAGCGCUCGCUUGUUGAAUUGUUCCUAGGUGAUGGGGCGCCAGAUGUCUACGUGGGCGAGGAUGUGAGGUUCGGCAUUGCGCCCCUGGCCCGGGCAUCGCCCGCAGUCGAAGAUGCAACGCCUGGAAAAGACCAUCUUGCGUACGAGGACACAGACAGAUGGUCCCCUUCGUCAAGCGCCCCCUUGUGA